AUGUGGGAACAGGAGGAAUUUGAGAAACACUGGAGGAACGAGUUCCCCGACGGAGAAGUUCCUCGGAUGGAGCUGAGCUCCGUGGAGGACAUCGAGUCUGAGCUGGAGUCCUGUAAGGUGAAGCUGAAGCGGCUGCAGAAGGCUCUGGCCCAGGAGAAGUUCAAGGUGAUCUACCUGCAGACCACCGUGGACCGGCGGAGGAGAACCGAGCCCGAACGGCCCGAAGGCAGGGACGAAAACUCCAACACCUUCAGCCCCAAACCGGCCAGAGUCUCCGUGGACGCGGCGGGAGUCGGCAGCUCCUUCAGCCGAGAGCGGAGCAGGUUCAGCGGGAAGAAGCCCGUCCCGAUCCCGGUUCCGAUCCCCGUCCCGCCCCAGAGAGCCGCGCCGACCUGCGCCGGCGUCGGUCCGCCCGGAACCGAGGACGGCAGCGACCGCGAGUAUGAGGACGCGGAGCUGAACGAGAACUUCGUCCGGAAUAACUUGUUGGCACCGAAGACGGUUUGGAGGAACAGCGGGAGGACGCAGAGCCGGAAGCCCCUCCAGCACAGCAGGGACCUGGACUCGGAUGACGGCAGGCUGUCCCCGUCCCUCCUGCCGCAGGGGGACCUCAGACCCGCCCGGGGCUCCGGCUGCAGCACCCCGGACCGGAGGAGUGACGGAUACCUGAGCUCCGACCACGACGACGACUCCUCUGCCGACUUUAACUACAACACGGAUGGCUAUGAGGGAGACGGGGCAGACGACGGCAAGUCUCAGGAAGGCUCCGAGACGCUGCCUUAUAUAGACGAAUCCCCGACCAUGUCACCCCAGCUGUGUGUGUCCCAAGGGCACGAUGGAGAUGUGGUCUCUCCCACGCCACCAGAGGGCCUACUGCCUGGGGGAGAUCUCGAAAAAGGACUGGAGAUGAAGAAACUGGUGCUGUCGGGUUUCCUAGCCAGUGAGGAGAUCUACAUCAACCAGCUGGAAGCCCUCCUCCUGCCCAUGCGUCCUCUGAAAGCCACAGCCACUACCUCUCAGCCUGUUCUCACCAUCCAGCAGAUAGAAACCAUCUUCUACAAAAUCCAGGACAUCUUUGAGAUCCAUAAGGAGUUCUACGAUGCCUUGUUGCCCAACAUCCAGCAAUGGGACGAGAAGGUGACCGUGGGACACCUCUUCCAAAAGCUGGCCAGCCAGUUGGGCGUGUACAAGGCUUUUGUAGACAACUACAAGGUGGCACUAGAGACAGCGGAGAAAUGCAGCCAGGCCAACAGUCAGUUCCAGAAGAUCUCAGAGAACCUCAAAGUAAAAGGUCCUAAAGAUUCUAAAGAUUGUACCUCAACUGUCACAAUGGAAGCUCUUCUUUAUAAGCCCAUCGACCGUGUGACCAGAAGCACGCUGGUUCUUCAUGACUUGCUGAAGCAUACUCCUAAAGAUCACCCAGACUUCCCCCUCCUUCAGGAUGCUCUGCGGAUCUCCCAGAACUUCCUGUCUUCCAUCAAUGAGGAGAUUGACCCGCGCAGGACUGCUGUUACCACACCCAAAGGAGAGGCUCGUCAGCUGGUGAAAGACGGCUUCUUGGUGGAAGUGUCAGAAAGCUCCAGAAAGUUGCGACAUGUCUUCCUCUUCACCGAUCUGCUGCUCUGUGCGAAGAUGAAGAAAACGGCCGUGGGUCGUCAUCAGCAGUAUGAGUGUAAGUGGUACAUUCCGCUGGCGGACUUGACUUUCCAGACCCUGGAUGAGUCUGAUUCCUGUCCCACCGUGCACGUAUUGCCCGAGCACGAGAUCGAAGAGAUGAAGAUCAAGAUCUCACUCCUGAAAAAUGAGAUCCAGAAAGAGAAGAAAGCGCCCAAGGGUCAGACUCGGGUGGACCGCCUGAGGAAGAAGAUGAACGAGCAGGAGUCGUGGCUGCUCCUGCACUCGCCCACGAUCCCAUUCCGCAUCCACAACAAGCACGGGAAGAGCUACUUGUUUCUGCUCUCCUCCGACUACGAGAGGUCGGAGUGGAGGGAAAGCAUCCAAAAACUCCAGAAGAAAGACCUGCAGGCGUGUGUGUUGAGCUCGGUCGAGCUGCAGGUCCUCACCAGCUCAUGUUUCAAACUGCGAACUGUUCACAACAUUCCUGUCACCAGUAACAAAGACGAUGAGGAGACUCCGGGCCUCUACGGCUUCCUGCAUGUGAUCGUCCACUCUGCCAAAGGAUUCAAGGAGUCGACGAAUUUAUACUGCACCCUGGAAGUGGACUCUUACGGGUACUUUGUCAGCAAGGCCAAGACGCGAGUCUUCAGGGACACCACGGAACCACAGUGGAAUGAAGAGUUUGAGAUCGAGCUGGAAGGCUCCCAGUACCUCCGGAUCCUGUGCUAUGAGAAGUGCUACGACAAGAGCAUGCUCAACAAGGAUGACAACGAAAUUGUGGACAAGAUCAUGGGCAAAGGGCAGGUGCAGUUGGAUCCACAGACGGUUCAGUCCAAAAACUGGCACAUGGACGUUAUAGAGAUGAAUGGGAUCAAGGUGGAGUUCUCCAUGAAGUUUACAAGUCGAGACUUAAGCUUGAAGCGAACGCCGUCCAAAAAACAGAGUGGGGUGUUUGGAGUCAAAAUCAACGUGGUGACAAAGCGCGAGCGCUCCAAGGUGCCUUACAUCGUCCGCCAGUGCAUUGAAGAAGUGGAGAAAAGGGGGAUUGAUGAAGUAGGAAUCUACAGGAUCUCAGGGGUGGCCACUGAUAUCCAGGCCCUCAAAUUAGCGUUCGACACCAAUACCAAAGAUAUCCUGGUGAUGUUGAGUGACAUGGACAUCAACGCCAUCGCAGGAACGCUGAAGCUCUACUUCAGGGAGCUGCCGGAGCCUCUGCUCACCGACCGCCUCUACCCCGCCUUCAUGGAAGGCAUAGCUCUCUCAGACCCAGCAGCCAAGGAGAACUGCAUGAUGCACCUCCUGCGCUCUCUGCCUGACCCCAACCUCAUGACCUUCCUGACCCUGCUGGAGCAUCUUAAAAGGGUGGCGGAGAAGGAGCCCGUCAACAAGAUGUCCCUCCAUAACCUGGCCACAGUGUUUGGCCCCACGCUGCUCAGGCCCUCGGAGUCGGAGAGCACGAAAGGACAGAACAUCACCUCCGCCUCUGACAUCUGGUCACAUGAUGUCAUGGCACAGGUUCAGGUACUUCUCUACUACCUGCAGCAUCCUCCCAUCUCCUUUGCCGAACUGAAGCGGAACACGCUCUACUUUUCUACUGACGUUUAAUCCCGCCCACCUCUUCUGGGAAGCGGUUUCCAGGUGUCGCGGAGGCGGGCCGAGAGUGUGAGAGACUCCGUACAUGUCUUCGUCUCCGCCCCCUCACCUCUCCUCCCAGCAGGCAGCUCGUCUCCACUUUCCAGCCUCCGUCCCGCCGCUCUCCUUCAGCCGCCCGGAGAAGUGGAUUUUCUGCUCUCGUGCUCACAUUUCACGUCAUGCUUCUGUUGUGAAGGAUGCAGAGGAGUUCAUGUCUCUUGGCAAACACACAUGAAACGCGGGACUACAAUAGGCGGAGUCGGGCGGUGAAAAUGCCCAAAGCCUGGCGUGGCGACAGUGGAUCACGAUGACCUGGCGUCACCUCGUGAGCCCUUUUCUGGCGUUGUUUCAGUGAUCUCAGAAAGCAGCUGAUUCAGCGUACUGUGUAUUUUUCCUGUUGAAAGGCAUUCCAGAAAAAUAGCAUUCAAAUGCUGUACAGUUUAGUUCAAAAGCCUUUUUUUUUUUUCGUCUCUGGGUUUGUGCACGUGGUGGAGGCAGGUGCAGUGCAUGUGAGAGUCUGUGUGAGUGUGCGUUUAAAAGGGACCACAAGAUGUUUUGAGGCUUGGAAGCAGCACUUCUGCCAACCCAGUGAGUCUUGGCCAAAUUCGCCCUAUUUAUUUUAAAUAUAUAUAUAAAAUACGUGUGCCUGUACAGUUCAGUGCAACUAGAGAAAUGCUGUAAGGAGUCAGUUUCUGGAGUUUAUUCAGGUAGUGAUGUUAUUUUUAGUUUGAUUCACCACGUCACUGGACGCCUGACGGUUUGGUCGGAGUGUGACGUGAGGGGUGUGUGAUCUCUAGCUCGGUUUGUGUAGAAGCCUCGUUGCAUGUUCGGCUCGUCAGCUGAGUGAGAGCUCGCUGGCUCAAGCCCAUCUCUGCUGUGUACAAAGCCAACCUUUCUGCUAUCAAGUCCACAGCUUCACCACAAAUACUGUCAGCACUGCUAGAUGAGUACUAUUUGAUAUUUUUAAUAUAAGAUUAAAAUAAAACAUCUAUUUUACUUCCUUUGAGAAGAUUUCCAUUUACUGUAAUACUGAGGGUAAAUGUCAAUGUGAACUUUUUUUUAAGUAAUAUAAAAUUUACCAAAAACCUGUCA